CGUCGACUCCCAUCAUUCACACACCUUGCACACACCAUCACCGCGGACUAGUCGUUCCUAGGAGGGUGCUGCCAUUGUGCUGAACCUAUCCAGACCCCUUCGUCAGAGAUGCACUGCUGCGCUUGAUGCUCCUGCCACGUAUCCGUCUCGGGAAACACGCGAUUGGAGCCUCUGUCGCCCACUGUUGUGCCGCCCAAUUGUCAUAGAUAGUGUUUGAUAUUGACACGCCGCACAGCCAUGUGGUCGUUCCUCAGACUACAUAAGUUGGCACAGCUGACACUGCGUCGUCCGACCUUCAACGUUCAACAUCAUCCCGGGGGUGGUACUCACAAACGUAUAGGAGUCCACGGAGCGACUAGCCCAGUAUGCCUGUCCCCCAAACAAUGACCGCUGGCUUCCCUCCAGCGUUCUUAAUCGGCCCGCACACGAUCAUGCAGCCUCUCGUCGGCAUCCCAUAUGUGAAGGCUCAUUUGAGCUUACUAGGGGCGUUCAAGGCCCUCGAGAAACGCGUGGAGACGUGCCCCGAAGUAGACCUCCCAAGUCCUGCGAGGGGCCUUGACCAUACCCCACAGACGCCACGCAGAUGGGCGUGGUUCGUAUCUUUGGCUGUGGAGAGAUUCCAUCGUUGGGCGAUAACUGUGGCGGCAGACGAGAAGAUCGAAUCUUGGGUGAAGACACAAGUGCCACCGCUCGACGUGCUCAUGGUAUGGCACGCGUUCAUGCUAAACCCUGCAUGGUAUGCAGAAGAUUGUCUGCGCCUACCUGCGCUGCAGACUCUCCGUGACCUGAAUGAUAGGCUGUUACCUGCGGUGAUCAUCAUGGGCGAUCCCGCAAAGUACCAGCCCUCUGAGGAGCGCAAACAGACAUGGCUCGCAGACACAGGCACGCCAUUUGACCCAAUAGAAUCUCUCAAGUACCUUCCGCACCACAAUGUCACCUGUCCCAGAUGCGAAAGCCCUAAUGCCGCACCGUACUUGACGGCAGAAGGCACCGGCUACGCCCAACAAGGGUUCAAGUUGACAUGCUCCCGCUGCUCGCUGGUUAUUGACAAGCCAGCCCUGGCGAUGGACAAGCUUGCGCAAGACCUGGUUGAGGAUCACAAUGACCUGGAUGCAAAGAUGGAUGCUUACCUGCCGGGAACGCUACGCAGCCCCACCGACAACGCUUACACCAAACGCGCGAUCCAGGUCAAGGAGCGCAUCGUGCAAUUCGAUAGGUUACGUCGACCCAAAGAGUGCACUCGGGAAGAUUGGAAACGCAAGAUCAAGGAAGAUUUCGGAUAUUCCAUCACGAACGUUCACACAACCUUACGAUCGGCUCCGCCGAGAGCACUGGGUCUGCUCAAACGCAUGUUGGAUAGGAUAAUGUGUGCAUAUACAGAUGAUAGCCCGUUCUCGAUCGACCUCGUGGGCGCUGUCAUCCGUCAAGGUUCCUUCACAUCGAAGAUGCACGUCUUUGGCUGGACUGCUCCAGGAUACUUUGACAAGCCAAUAGACGCAAUCGUGCUUGUGCACGCCAUCACGCGUUACCAUGCGUUCCUUGACAUGAUGGCUCCGUCGCCAGCCUCAUUCUUCGUGCCGACCCUAGACAUUGACCUCGCCUGGCAUACUCAUCAGUUGAUGGCAGGCAAGUACGCGGAUGACUGCAUGGAAUAUGUCGGUCGGUACAUAGACCACGACGACAAGGUGGAAGAGAACCGUCUAGCGAAUGCCUUCGACAUCACAUGUAGGGUCUGGCAGCAACGUUUCGGAGUCCCGUACAGCUACUGCGGCUGCCCCCUCCCGGGCGACUCCAUCGGCGACAAGCUCCAACGACUCCUCCGUAUAGCCAAGCCCGACAAGCCCUCCGGCCUGCGUCCCCCCGCACAUCCGGACAUCCCGCCUGCCACGCACGCGAGCGAGCACAACGCCGUCCAAGUCCGCCUCAACGACGCGCUCAACAAGAACAAGGCAGCGCAGCUCACCCGCCAGCGGCUCCUGCGGCAGCGCAAGAUGCACGAGCGCCGCCAGCGCGACGAGCGGCGCAUGCACAAGGGCGAGUACGACCCGGAGCAGUACCGGCGCGGUGAGAUGCACUACACCGCGUUCUUGACCCCGGUGCCGUUCGUGACGCCAGUUGCUGCUUGCGUGUCGAUCGGCCAUACCCAGUGCGGCGCUGUGAGUCGUAUAUCCCGCAUGUGUUGCGAUGCAGGUCGCUCAGAAUUCUCGCAUUUGUAGAGUACGGGCACUUGCGCCGCUGGAAUUUCUGGGGGCACAGGAGCGUGUGGUGGUGGUGGUGGAUGUGGUGGUGGUGGCGGGUGUGGAAGCGUUUCCAUGUGUGGUGGAGGUACAGGCGGUGCAGGAGGGGCGGCGUGCGGAGGAGGAGGAGGAGGAGGCUGUGGCGGCGGCGGAGGAU